GCUGAUGCAGCUUUAAAUAGACUUCAUCGAUGCAGCUAGAUGAGUUAGUGAUCGGGACUGGUCUCUAUCUGCAGCUACUGUCACCUGCACCAUAUGGGAUGGCUUCAGCUCGGGUGACCUGGAUGUGAAAGUGGAAUAAAGGCCGAAUGUGGAUUUAUUUUUUGACACACCGUGCUUGACAUCCCUGCUAUAUAAACAGGGGUGGUUACAGUGACAGCGGGGGAGCUAGCUAACUUUAUCAGCUGGCGAUUUCACCCAUAUUUAUUUCUUAAACCCAGCGUGAAAGAGAGAUGGACGGACUGGGGAGGUACAUUUCUGCUCGGCUGCAUUAGUUGUCUUGCUUUGUGAAUAAUGGAAAGCAGGUGUCAAGUGGAGAAGGAAACAAUGUUGUUAUUAGCCAGUUAGCCACCGUUAGCUCAGCUAGCUGUCAGUUAACUACAGCAAAUUAGUGGGCUGAGUUAGGUGAGCUAACUCAGCCCACUCAUUUAAAUAGGCACGCACAUAACUCUACUUUUUUGAUGCCCAACGUUAUUGGAUAAACUGCCUAGUGACAGUCUUUCCUGUAAAGUAUUUCAGCAUUCACCCAUUUUCUAGCCAGCUAGCCAGCCAGUUGUGGCGAUCAGCUGGUCUGGUGUGGUGUCAGUGCAAUCAGUCGGCUGCAGGAGUCAUAUUGCACAAAUAGAUUUUAUACUGUGUUAACUGUCAACCAUGGCACAAGAAGGGUUUCCUCUGCAUGCUCUGGUGUGGAACAAUCAGUACCUGGAGCUCGAUCGAGAGCUGCAGAAGAAAGAGCAGGAUGUGGAACGCCUGGAUCCGAGAGGGCGCACCCCGCUGGAGCUGGCGGUGUGUCUGGGCCACCUGGAGUCUGCCCGGGUGCUGCUGGGAGGUUCUGCAGACCCCACACACCACAACUCACAGGGUUGGACCAUUCUGCAGGAGGCGGUGAGCACCGGAGACCCAGAGCUAGUCCAGCUGGUGCUUCAGUACCGAGACUACAAACGGGCCACUGAGAGACUGGCGGGCAUCCCAGAGCUGCUCAGCAAGCUAAGACAGGCGAGAGACUUCUAUGUGGAGAUGAAGUGGGAAUUCACCAGUUGGGUGCCUUUGGUGUCGAAGGUGUGUCCUAGUGACGUGUACCGGGUGUGGAAGAGCGGCUCGUGCCUCCGAGUGGACACCACUCUCCUGGGCUUUGAACACAUGACCUGGCUGAAAGGACGACGCAGCUACAUCUUCAAGGGAGAAGAUGAAGGUGCCGUGGUGAUGGAGGUGGACCACGAGAAGCAGGUGGUGUACACUGAGCCGCUGGUGUUGUCUCCCCGUGACGCCACCUCCCUCCUGGCAGCCAUGCAGCCGUCGCAGGAGAACACAGCGCAGAGAAUCACAUCGCCCAUCGUCUCCACGCACCUCAACACUCGCAACAUUGCCUUUGAACGGAACAAGUCUGGGAUCUGGGGCUGGCGUUCUGAGAAGAGUGAGUCGGUCAGCGGGUACGAAGCCAAGGUGUACAGUGCCACCAAUGUGGAGCUGGUGACUCGGUCCAGGACAGAGCAUCUAUCAGACCAGGAUAAGUCGAGGAGCAAAGGCUCAAAGACUCCUCUGCAGUCCUUCCUGGGGAUUGCUGAACAACAUACAGCUCAAAAUGGGAGUAAUGUGUUGCAGUGUGCCAGUCCCCACAACCCCACCGCCAUCACAGCCGAGGAGUACUUCGACCAGGAGUUCAACCUGAACGACCGCGACAUCGGACGUCCCGUCGAGCUCACCAGCAAAGUCCAGCGAUUUAAAGCGACGCUGUGGCUGAGUGAGAGUCACCCUCUGUCCCUGGCCGAGCAGGUGACACCCAUCAUCGACCUCAUGGCCAUCUCCAACGCCCACUUCGCCAAACUCCGUGACUUCAUCACCCUGCGCCUUCCGCCAGGCUUCCCUGUCAAGAUAGAGAUUCCCCUGUUUCACGUGUUGAAUGCCAGAGUGACGUUCAGUAACCUGUGUGGCUGCGACGAGCCGGUCAGCUCUGUGACGCUUCACACACCGGAGACCCCUGAAGAAGCUGGUGAGGCUCCCCCUCCCUUCCAAUGUGAGGUGGACCCCUCAGUGUUUGAGCCCCCCGCAGACUACGCUACUCUUGGUCCCGGCCGCAGCGAGCCAAUGAGGGACGAGGAUGAUAACCUGCUGCAAUUUGCCAUCCAGCAGAGCCUGCUGGACGCCGGCACAGAGAGCGACCAGGUGACCAUCUGGGAGGCCCUGACCAACACUCGCCCUGUGCCCCCGUCUCCGCUGUACGAAGGCGACUCUCAGCUGGAGAGGGCGAUCCAGGAGUCUCUGUCCAUCUCACUGUCCAGCAGAGAGGGAGAGGACACGGCGGACCCCAGCCAGUCAGCCCCCGUCUCCCCGUCCGACCCCCCCGUCGACUCCCACCUCUCCUACAGCACAGUGACCAACCCACGGCUGUCCGGACAUAUCGGCAUGGCAACCAGCUUCGACGAGCAGCUGCGCCUCGCCAUGGAGAUAUCGUGCCGGGAACAGGAGGAGAUAGACAGGGAGCAGAAGGAGGAGGAGACUGAGCUGGAGAGGAUCCUGCAGCUGUCACUCACCGAGAAGUAAUGUCACAACAACAACAACAACAACAACAACAAUGGAGGCGUUUCUUCAUUGGAGAACAAUCUUCUUUAUUUAUUCAGUUUUUAUCUUUUAAAUCCUAAGGUGUUAAGUUAUUACAGAUAUUUGAUUGCUGCUACGAGAGAGUGUGAGAAGUGUGAGAUGAAUGAGGAGAGGUGGAUUCUCUGAAACACUCUGCAGUGAAGGAGGAGACAAAAGGGAGUUUCUUUUCUUUUGUUAUUGAAUAUUUUUCACAGUCUUGCUGUCUUUACUGAGUGAUGAAUGAUUCCUUUAAGACUUUAAACUACAACAUGUUCCAUGAUAAUUAUUAAAAAUAAGAAUCUCAAUCUAAAUGGAAUAACUUGUACAAAUAUAUGAUUAUAUUAUUCAAAACAGUUAUGUUGGCUUAUGUGUGGAAAAAUAAAGAAUAAUGAUCAUCCUGGAUCAUGUUUUUUUAAUUCUGUGCUUUUGAACAAAAGAAAGAAACGUAAGAUUCACCGGUAUGUGCAGUUUUGUAUUUUACAGUUUGAUCAUUCUUUCAUAUCAAAAUGUACAAUCGUUCUGAUCUGAUGUAAUGUUCAUUUUUACACUUUUAAAAACACAAUUAAUGAGCAAAAAAGAAAGCAUGAUAACCUUCCAAACUGUGAGACAAAAAAACAUCCGUAUCACAUGUAACUGAUCCAUUGAUUUCAGUUGUUAAUAAUAAAUAUAACAAUUAAUCGUUA